AUAUGCACUUAUUUGGCCAUUAUCCAGCUCAUGAUGAUUUCUAUCUUGUAGUGUGCAAUAUCUGCAAUCAGGUAGUCAAGCCACAGGUUUUCCAGUCGCACUGCGCAGACAGACGGACAGACGGAGCAUUUGUCCAUGGAUAUGUUACUGCCUGUUCAGAAAGGUUGAAGACAGACAGAGUUUGGAGUUCUUCAAGAGAGGGGGAUUACCUGCAAGCUUUAAGGGCUAUAUAGGAUCAGGUUUAAUGUCAGCAUUACUGCUUUACCUCCUCCAUCCUGUACUGUGCAGCUGACUCACCUUCGGCGCGCAUGGAUUACGGCCUGCCUUCCUUUGUGCUGAGGAGCUUAGUAGGAGAAAAAGUUCUGCGUCUCCAUCACAUCGUUUUUAAAUGGUUAUAACUCUCCAGUCAAAGUGCCACUGGAGAGCUUUAACAGAGGUUUCAGGGAGGGAGAGGGAGACGGGACUGUUUGUUUACCUGAAACCAGUGUCAGCAUCUGUCUAAACCCAGGAGAGACUCUGGCUCUUAAGUGAGCUCUCAUUUCUGUAAAGCUAGAAAUGUUCUGAGAUAUCUGACUAGUGCUGCUUUUAUACUUUAAUUAAUAUACAAAGCCAGCAUAGAAUAUCUUUAAUGGGUUUAAAACUGGCUAUACAACAGACUAUGACGGCUAGUUACAAGUCCUACAGAAGUAGUCCACAUCGUUACAGUAUUUCAUAACCGUAACCAGGAAGAGGGGGGAAAAAAUGUAUGUAAGAUUUGUGACUAACAAAUUGUCAUAAAAUGAUUUAAAAGGUAGAUCCUGAUUCAUUCUUGACAAAGGAUGAAUCUGGAUUGCUUAUUCAAAUGGGUUCAGUAAGCCUAUUUCGAUGUCCUGAAUCCACGCGAGUGCCUCUCUGGAGGGGCAAUACGGGCUGUACUUACAGGAUAGAACAGCCUAUUCGAGGAAGCAGUUACUGAAAGAUUCAAGGUUACACUAUAUAAUUUGCCUACUGCCUAUUCCUACCCAGUAAUGCAGCCAUGUGUUAAUAUAAGGUUGAAGUCAAAGAUGAACCUGGACCUUUUUGAAAGGGAAGCAGAGAAGCAGCAGAAGUUGCAUCUCUGAUAUGCGUUUGACAUGCAAGGCCCAGUUCCAGCCUCCCCCCUUCACUUCACGGCCUUCAGGCCACGAAAUCUGCAGUGUCCUUCAAUAAGUGCCCCCUCUGAAGCUCACUCAAAGUGUCUCGCAGUCCAGUGCUAAUCCUGUUACUGGCACGGUGAUCUUCUGGGGUCAGCAAUGAAGCAGAAGGUUUAUUUAAGUAUGGUUUGCAAGUAUGUGCUUGACUGAUACGCAAACAAGUUACCCGCAAGUUGCAGAUGGAAACUUGCUGUGGCAGUCAUCUACCUGCAGGAGAAACACCUGGUGUGUGUUUCCUCAAACUUUAAAACAACUUUAACUUCCAGCAGGGUAGUAAUGUAGCACAGGGCUUCAGUUCUUAGGUUUUGCACUUGGGGUCAUUUACAGUUGCCCGGGGUUUGGCUGGGGUGGGAGAAGGGGAAUGCAGGCCUUACCCUCGUUACAGUAAAUGAGAGGUGAAAGCUUUCAAACUUUCUGUUUGUAUGAAUUGUCAAAUGUUUUUAACAAAGUCUUGUGUUCCCAGUUAUUAGUAAUUGAGUCCUUUCCCUUUUAGUGUUUGUGCUACUCUCAUCAUUAGUAAGUAUUCCAAGAAAAAUACCAUACACAAAACCUGUAAAUACUGUACAGCAGAUGUUUUCCAUUUUUGUUGUCUGACUGUUAUGUUAUCCAAUAUAUGUUAGUCUCAAAUAAUGAAACUAUAUUUCCUGUCCUAAAAUAAAAUAGCAAAGAAGGAUAACAAACCUUUUGUAACUUCCACUACUGUCACCCAUUAGGCAAUCUGAAGUCUAAGGAGAAACAAUAACAACUAAAAGUGCCAGAAUUCUCUGAUAAAUAAUAUGAUGGUGAAUUUUAGUUUUGAACUAUUUUCUAAAAAAACAAGAAAAACAAUAAUUCUUGUUCAAAAAGCAAGAAUUACUUGUUUUUUAGACCUUAUCUUGGAAAUUCAAGGAGAGAAGGAAACGAUUUAGGGAGAAGGAAAGGAGGGGUAAUGAGGUUGUAGCUUCAGGCUCUGCAGGUUUCUCCGCGUGGUAUCAUGAUGUUCUGCUGGGAUGGAUAACCCUUUCUCUCUUCCUUGUCCUGUAGUCCACGACUCUUUGCUUCUUGUUAUCAUUUGAGACUACUUACCUAGUUCUGUGCUACACAUUGUGGUCUCCAAUGUAGAUAAAUCUUUUUUGCCUGGUGUUUAGAUACAGCAGGCAAUCCCCAGCGGUGACAGCUUAGGCAUGGUUGCUUUUGGUUCACUUGCUAGCCAUUGCUGGUUAAAUCUGCUGAACUGUCUAGCUACCAAUUGGCAGACUCAGCAAUAAGCUUUAGAAAAAACUUGCUCUGUGAUCCCUUUGCCAAGUACAGAGUUGAGUUCCUCCUCUGUAAUCAAGCUGGAGUCAGCUGAUUAUAGCUGAGAUUUUUCAUGCUAGUAUCCUGCAUGUUGUCCUUUCCCUGCCUCUUUGGUCAAGUUACUCCCAAAGCUGAAAAAGAUAAACUGAAUCUCAAACUCCUCCAAUUUAGAAAUAUCUCUUGUUAUCUCUGAAUAGUAGGAUUUCUUUCAGCUUUAGCAGCAUCAAUUUGAUGAGGAGGGACAACUUCCAGAAGGGUCUAAAGAGCAUAAAGUCUCUUCUGGAGUUUGCUAUCUCCUGACAGAUGGAGAAAGGACUCAGCCCUGCAGAAUGAACACAGAUAGUCUGAUUCAGAGGAAGCAAUUGGCAGAACGAAGACACGGUUCAAUGUGUAAACCUUCCCCUUCUCCAGCUUCGCCAGCCUGCAACUCCAGGACAUCCCUAGUACAGAUGAAACCGAAAUCCUGUAUCGGCGGCCAUAACCCUGUCAGCAGCAACUCAAAGCCAUUCAAAACGCCCAAAGACAAUCUACUUACCUCCAGUAGCAAACAGCACACAGUCUUUCCUUCAAAAGUAUCACGGGAUAAACCAUGUGUUCCUGUUCCAGUAGUCAGUCUAGAGAAAAUUCCUAACCUAGUGAAGGCAGAUGGUGCCAAUGUUAAAAUGAAUUCUGCAACCACUACCACCAUCACCUCCUCCUCAGCCUCUUCAUCCACCAUACCUGCUCCAACUUCGGUUAAAUCUGGUUUGACAUCUAAGUCAGUGCCACCGUCACCAGAAAAGAUUCUGAACGGCAAAGGAAUCAUAGCACCAUCAAUAGACAAGAAACACCAAAAUGGCACUAAAAGCAGUAACAAGCCUUACAAAAGACUUUCAGAAAGAGAAUUUGACCCAAAUAAACACUGUGGAGUACUGGAUCCUGAAACAAAGAAACCUUGCACAAGAUCGCUCACCUGCAAGACUCAUUCACUUAACCAUCGACGAGCAGUUCCAGGCCGUAAAAAACAGUUUGACAUCCUUCUAGCUGAACACAAAGCUCGAUCCAGGGAAAAAGAAGUUGCAAAAGACAAAGAGCAUCCACAAUCUGCAAGGGAAAGCUAUCAGAGCCAGCCCACACCAGCACAAGACUCUCUGUCAGGAUCUUCAGUGAACUCUGGGCAAGAAUCUAAAGUAACAUCUCCUGCAAAAUCUAGACCACCAAAUUCUGUACUUCCAAGACCAUCAUCUGCAAAUAGCAUAAACAGCAACAGUUCUUCAAACCACAGUGGGUAUGUACCAGAGCUACCACUGCCUUCGGUGGGAGGAGAUUUAACUAGCAGAUUAUCUAGUGAUGAAGGAGAAGUGGAUGGAGCUGAAGAAUCUGAGAAAUUAGACUGUCAUUUUUCUGGACACCAUCCCAGACCUCUUGGGUUUUGUUCAUAUGGCAGUCGCUUAAUGGGAAGAGGGUACUACGUCUUUGACAGAAGAUGGGACCAUUUUCGAUUCGCACUAAACUCCAUGGUAGAAAAACACUUGAAUUCACAGAUGUGGAAGAAAAUUCCUCCUGCGGCAGAUAGCCCCAUGCCUUCUCCAGCAGCACAUGCCUCCACUCCUUUUCCAGCAUCAGUCUUGCAGCCUUUCAGCAACCCUAGUGCAGUGUAUAUUCCUUCAACACCUAUCAAUUCAAGAAUCACCUCUUCUUACAUAAUGACAUCAGCCAUGUUACCAAAUGCAGCCUUUGUGACAACGUCGGAUACGAAUUCGAUUAUGUCACACACUACAGCUUUUCCUCAUGUGGCUGCAAGUUUAAGUAUCAUGGACUCAACUUUUAAGGCGCCAUCAGCUGUGUCACCAGUGCCAGCAGUCAUCCCUUCCCCAUCCCACAAGCCAUCUAAAACAAAAACCAGCAAAUCCUCAAAAGUUAAAGACCUGUCAUCUCGUAGUGAUGAGUCUUCAAGUAACAAAAAGAAAAAGCCGCAGUCGUCGUCAUCUUCGUUAUCUUUGCAGACAUCUUCCUCAUCUUCAUUUUCAGGGUCCCACAAAAAGAACUGUGUCCUGAACCCCAGUUCAACUUUGAACUCCUAUCAGGCUACAUCUUCCUAUAACAGUAUGUCUGUGCACAAUACAAAUAAUGGAACAAGCCCACUCAGUGCCAAAUCGGAGCCCUCAGGACGGACUUCAUUAUCAAGUAGUUCAGCAGACUCAGUAAAACACAUGAGCAUGGUAGUAAGCAGUAUUGACUCUUCUAAUUUGUCUGUAUCCUCCCUUGUGCACCACUCGGGGGACCACUCCCUGGGAGCACAUAAUGCAGUGUCUUCUCUACCCCUUUCUUUCGACAAAUCAGAAGGAAAAAAACGUAAAAACUCUAGUUCUAGUAGCAAAGCCUGUAAAAUCACUAAAAUGCCUGGUAUGAAUAGUGUUCAUAGAAAGAGCACUGCCAACCUUAUUUCUGCGGUGCCAGAUCCUACAAGCAGCUCCAUCUCUCGGCAGAUUGGAAAAAAUAGCAGUGUAGCUUUGUCACAAUCCAGUCCUUCGAGUACAUCAAACCCAGUACACAACAGACAACAUUUAAUUCCAGUGGGAACUCCGAGUGUUCGGCCUCUUCCAGGAUCAGGCUCUUAAGGAAUCUAUACUUCAAUCAAUGCAUAGAGGAUUUUUGCACCAAACGGCAAUUAACAUUACCAGAGGCUCAACAUCUAAAAUCCCUGUAUCUUGAUGGAGUUUUAGACCCUUAAGAUCAUAGUACUUGAUAACUUAAGUAAACAGUUUGGGUUUGCAAGGACAGGAGUUGAGCAGAUUGGCUUGCAUUAAUAGAAUUGCACUGACAGUGUUUCUUAUAGGAUUACUGAAUAAUUUUUUAAUAAAAUAUAGAUUUUAUAAUCAGGAAACCAAUACUAGGUACUGGAACAAUAGUACAGAGGAGUUAAUUUUUAUUUCUACAGUGUUAAAAGUGCACUUAUAUGCUGGUUUAUUUACAUCUUCGGGAAAGGCGAGAGACUGCAAAUAGGGAGAUUAUUACUACUUUCUUUUUUAAAAAAAGAAGGCUUAAGGCAAAUUUUAAGACUUAAAAAUGUUUAAGCAAUUAUAAACAAGGCUAGACCCUUUGAAAAAAAUUUAGAAAUAUUCUUAAAAUAAAUUUUAUAGUGUUAAUUUUGUAAUAAUUUAUGUUUUGCUAUACUUCAGAGCUAAUUGACCGGAAUAGUUUCAGAAACAGUAUGAAACUUAGGAAAGUUUAAGCAAUGUUUAUAUUUUUAAAAUGUUCUUUGAAUUAUGUUUUUAUUGUACAUUUCUUCAGACUGAAAAAUGUGUACAUAUCUUUGUUAUUUUUGCACAAUUUUUGUCUUGUUCAGUUUUAGGAGCAGUACUAUGUUGAUUUUUUUAAUUUAUUUUGAGUUAUGAAACUGCAGGAGUUUAAAAAAUCUCAGUAACAAAGUCAUCCUCUGUAAUCAAUGAACUGCUAUUUCUAGUUGUAGAGGGAAAACAGUGGUUGUGAGAUUCAGUGGUUGCUUCUGAGAGAUAAUGCUAGUCAAUUACUGAAGGAGCAAUUUUGUAGUUUUAGGAGGUUUUAGCAUGCAUCUUUCCAUGCAUCUUUUAAUUGGAAAGCUGGAAUAUGAAGCCUGUCCUUUGAAUGCUGCUUAAUUUUUCUUUUUUUUUUUUUUCAACUGGCU